UGAAUGAAUUCAAAUGGAUUAAAUUGUUGUCACUGAUGAUACUGAUGCUUCAGUUUACAGCAACAACUGGACAACGUUCAUCUGUCACUGUCAGAGUUGGACAUGACGUCACUUUGUCUUGUGGAAAUGUAAGAGAUGGACAGAAGAACUGUGACAGUACUGACUGGUACUUCAAUGGUUUAAGAGACAGAACAACAGUAGAGCUGGUUGAACAUGGACAGAUCAGAUCUAAACCAGACAGACGGAGAGUUACAACAAACUGUUCUCUGGUUAUAAAGAAGGUCACAGAUGAUGAUGUUGGUCGUUACACCUGCAGACAGAUCAUAUCAGGACAACAACAAGGAGCAGACUUUCAGGUUUAUCUGUCUGUUACUACCAUGACUGAACAUGAGGACAAUGAUAAAGUCGUCUUGUUCUGCUCUGUGUUGGAUUAUGAUUCAUGUAGAUACACAGUGGAGUGGCUCUAUGAGGGUAAAGAGGAAAUAUCAGACAUGGAGAUAUCACCACCUUCCUGCUCUGCCAAUGUGACAUUUCCAUCAUUUCACCUUAAUCAGAGGAUUUAUGAGUUAUUGAAGUGUAAAGUGACAAAUGUUUACACUAAGAAAGUUCAGCUGUUUACCUUCAGCCCUCAGUCCUCAGGUAAGAAUCAAACCAGUUUCUAUCAUCUAUGA